AUGUCUGAUCUCACGGCCGGGCUCGGUUGGCCUCGGGCUCCACUGCGGACCUGGAGAACCUGCGGAACUCCCGCGCCGCCCCCUCUCAGCCACUCGCCCGGCGGCGUCGAACUUCCGCCGCCCAGUCCGCCGCAGCCGGCCUGCGACAGAAACCCGGGAACAAAGAGGCCCGGGCAGCCAAUGGCAGCCGGGCAGCGCCAGGCCGCCGCCAAUCACCGAGCGCCGCACGCACCUUCUAGGCCCCAGCGCGGCGCUGGUAAGGUGAGGGGCGGGGCCGUGUCCGGGGCGGCGCCCUACGGGGCGCGCUCGCGGACCUUAACCUGGUCUUCUGAGGAUACUCUGGGUGUCCGCGGGCGGGCUUCUAAAGAGCUGGGAUCCAGCCUCUCUCAUCUGAAGAUGGAGCAGGGCUUCAUCUUUGAAGUUUGCACCUGUGUUUGAGCUGGGUCAAGGGGAAUAGUUAUCCCAAUAGUAACUUAUCAGUUUAUUUUCAGGGGAGAGAGAGAGAUUGUAGGGAUCGUUUUCUGAGCAUUGGGUUGUUCAAAAGAUGAUGUGAAUCACUUCAGAAACAGGUUGUGUCCAUUCCUUUGGAAGCAGAGCGUUGCCCUUUGUCUCUGCUAUGUGAAAUGGUGCUAGGCCUAUCGUGUGCUCAGGCUUUGACGAAGUCGAGUCAUCACAUUGGUGCACCACAGCUGAAUUCAUUUCAUGCCCUAAUUCAGGAGCAGAUGCAUCUAAUACCAUCAGACUGCUGGGCCUGGAAGGGAGCCUAAGGAUUACAGAGUCUAGCUUCCUCAUUUUGCAGGGAACUGAGGACUCCAGAGAUGCAGGGAUCAGCCUAAUGUCUUAGCCUGUGGGGAACAGAGGCAGUGCUCAUGAAUCUAAACGAUUUCUCUAAUAUGUUUGGGGCUGGAAGUACAUGAUUUUGACUAAGGAAAAAAAGCGGCCAACUUUCUUCAAUUUGUGGUUAUGGCAAAAAAAUCACAUUGCCCAGACAGCAAGUGACCUAAUUUGGCACCUAUUUUUAAAAAUAGCAAAACAAAAUAAAACGAACAAAAGUUCCCAAAUAAUGCAGAUAUUCAGGCCCAGGUGUGUCUCUACUUUGCUUCUGGAAAUUUGGUGGCUAAAAAUACCCCAAAUUCAUUUUAGCCAAUACUUGCAACUCUGCUUACUUGAUUAUUUGUUAACACAGAGCAUUGAUUUUUAAUGUGUAUGUUUCCUUUAUCCCAUUAAGAAUUAAAACUGAAAUU